CACUUCACGUGGGCCCCUCCCUUCACCAGGGCCACGAUUUGCUUUUCAACCAAUCCCCUCUCUGAGCUCUUCAGCGCACUAUUCACACACAUGUCUCGUCUCUCACACGUGUCUAUCCCACAGUUGUUAUAAAUACGCGUACCUUUCUUCUACAUUAUGUGCCUGCCUGCUUAUCGUAGACAAGAGCAGAGAAAAUAAGACAGAGAAAGUGGUUUUCUUUUAGAGAGAGAAACUCUUUAGCGAGUGCCGUUGAGAGAGAGAGUGAAAAUGGAUGGUAGGGGAGGGUGUUGCAUAGCGAGAUACGGCGGUGGUGCGUAUGACAUGUCAAAAAUGGACCGGAUAAUGCUUAGAUUCCGGCCUAUCGCACCUAAACCGGCCACCGGAUCGGUCUCUAAUGGCCCAAGCCCGGAUCAAGCCGAGAUCUCUCCGAGAUCUGGGAGAGGUAAGAGGAGAACCAACCAGAGCACCAGUAUCAAUAGCAAGAAAUGUAAUGGUAGUGUUAGAAAGAGAAAGUCGUCUUUGAGCCAGGAAAAGAUGGUUGAAGUCGUCACUCUACCUCUAUUGCCGGAGACUCCAGAACGGAAGGACUCUCCGGCUAGGGUUUCUUCGGCGGAGAUCCUUUCACCGAUGAAAUCACAUGGAAACGCGCCUGUUUGGCUGAGUUUCGACAGAAGCAUGGAGAAUCAUGAUCAGAAAGUCGUUUUAGAUCCGACGAUGGCGAUGAUGCCUCAGACGGUUAGGGCGGUGGGAUCAUGCGUUACGGUCGAGUGCGUGACGGACACGUGGGUGGACGGGAAUGGAAUGGGAAGUACAGAUGUGGAAAGAUCGAAUAAUAUGUGGAAAGACACGUGUCCCGGGUUUAUAUCAGACGGUAUGGGUAGAGUGACGUGGACGAAUGGAGCGUUUGAGAAGAUGGUGGGACCAGGGAAUAUACUACCAGUGGUGUUGGUAAUGAAAGAGAAGGCGUCGUUGGCGAUGAUGAUGAUGACGUGGAAGGCGUUCACGUGCAGACUGAGGCUGCAGUACACACGGGGGAUGGAGAAGAGCUCGCUUACGCUGCCUUGCGAUGUGUGGAGAAUGGACGGUGGUGGCUUUGCAUGGAGACUGGACGUCAAGGCUGCUCUCAGUUUAGGCCGUUGAUGAAUAUCACGAUCUCAUAUCAUUCUAUGGAGAUUCCACGUACUUUAUCAAAACCAACAGAUCUUAACCUUAAUGGGAAUCCAAACUUUUGAUUAUUGGGGAAGGGGAACGAGAUGGGAUGCUCGAUCUCUAUGGGAUGGUACUCACAUGAGUAUCAUAUGAACUAAUCGUGUUCUCUUGAGAAUCUUUACUUGAUAAGAAAGCAUUGUGAAUAUUUUAUCUUCAGUGAUUA